AUGGCAACUGUGGAAGUGGGCAAAGCUCGCCUUCGCAAAGCAAGCUCGAGUUGUACGGUAGGAUCCAGAAGGCAGUCACUAACGGCGCAACUGACGCGGUCAGCUCGGCGUUUCUCAGCAGCGGUGGCGCCACAGCUCACAAAACUUGACUUUCUACCAGUUCUUCAAAGCCAUCAUUGCCUGGUUAUACGAAUAGCAGACGUCACGCAGGCAAAAGCAUGCAGUGAAACGACAAAUCUAUUGCAGCUGCAAACAGCCAUCAAGCAGUACAUUGUAAAAAACAAUGUCCAGUUCAGUCCAAUUGAUUUUGAAAUAACAGAUGUCAACGACGCCCGUAUACUAAAUGUCAGCCUACAUCCCGAUGAAAUGGUUCUAGCAGAAGGUGCCAGACGCAUUUUCUCGAUCACUUUUGAUGAGUCCGAUCCUGAGGAGUAUGGAACUGUAAUUGCUAAAAUAAGGCAUCCUAUAUCAGGUAAGUAA